CGCAAGCGUGACUUCAAACUCACGGUCGGUCUCAUCCGAAGAGUGUGAACAUUCUUGUGUAGCGUAUUCUCCCACCAUUUUGCCGGAAAUUUGUCUGUCCUGUCAUAAUUGGUCUGCCGUUUAGAAAAAUACGUAGUUUUAUACAGGAAAAAACGGAACAGAGCUGUAUCAGUCUGCGUGAAGUGUCAGAAAGAGCGAGAAUCAGACAUGAUGAAGACCAUCCCUCAUUCACUCUUCUUCUUCGGCCCUUAACAUACAGUCUGGAAGCUUUAAAGUGCCAGGUACCACAACGGCCACAGAGGAGAGGGAAAGGAGGGAGUUGAGCCUUUCCUCUGCGCAACCUUCAUCAUCACUAUUAUCUUCCUCCUCUCCAUCUGCAAUGGAGAUUGCCCUGGCUCAUCCUGCCCUGAAGGCCUUUAUGUGUGGCUCUCUCAGUGGCACCUGCUCCACUCUGCUGUUCCAGCCGCUAGAUCUGGUGAAGACAAGACUGCAGACCCUGCAGAAUAACAGGCACCCUGGAGCUCCUAAAGUGGGGAUGAUUGCAGUCUUUUUCAAUGUGAUACGCACAGAGAAGCUGCUUGGCCUCUGGAAGGGGGUUUCACCGUCAUUUAUGCGCUGUAUCCCUGGUGUAGGGAUCUACUUCAGCACAUUUUACUCGCUGAAGCAGCAUUUCUUCCAGGAUGGCUCUCCAGGUGCUGGGGAGGCAGUGUUACUUGGGGCGGGGGCUCGUUGCGUUGCAGGCAUUGCCAUGCUUCCCAUCACAGUCAUUAAGACUCGUUUUGAGAGUGGACGAUAUAACUACAUUAGUGUGGCUGGAGCUCUUAAAAGUGUGUUUCAGAAUGAGGGUCCUAGGGCUCUUUACUCUGGGCUCACAGCAACUCUGCUCAGAGACGCCCCAUUCUCUGGCAUAUAUGUCAUGUUCUACAGCCAGGCCAAAAAGGCUUUAUCACAAGAGAUUAGCUCGUCACCCUUUGUCCCACUGGUUAAUUUUGGGUGUGGUGUAGUAGCUGGUAUUUUGGCCUCUCUGGCCACUCAACCAGCAGAUGUGGUAAAAACCCACAUGCAAGUGAGCCCAACCCUGUAUUGCAAGACCAGCGAUGCCAUACGCUUUGUUUAUGCUGAGCAUGGCUUGAGCGGGUUCUUUCGGGGAGCAGUUCCUCGUUCUCUCAGGAGAACUCUCAUGGCUGCCAUGGCCUGGACUGUGUACGAGCAGCUGAUGGCACGCAUGGGUCUGAAGUCCUAAACCUGCCCUACACUCUUUAUCUGUUGACUUUCAUACUGUGUGUCGUUUACAGAUAAUGUAUUUGCAGAUAAUUGUAGAAAGAUGCUAUUCUGUCAGCCUUUAAGGGUUUGACAAAAACGACAGCAGCUAGAACUGGGUACGGUACAGGAGACAGAUAGGUUGUAUGUGUGUGUGAGAGUGUCCGUGUAUGUUUGUGUUUUCAAGUGCAGUGAGUCUUUACCCUGUGACACCUCUGAGAGUGACAUUAGCAACUUGCCACAGUGUGUCUGUCAGCAUAAGGCUGUUGACGCCUGGAUAUUCAGACGGGUGUACAAUCAAGAAUAACAAUGAGAUCUACACAGGCAAACCAUGUACUGUCAGCUCACCCAAAACACUCCUUUCAAAAGAAGAAAAUCCUCAUUUUGGCAAACAACCAGUGAACUUACUAGGGCAAGUGCCCACCUUUGCUUUGUUGAGUUAGAAAUGUGUAACCCAACAAAGCAUCUUGUCUCUUGUUUCUGAGACAGUUCUUGAGCUUAGUUCUUUCAGUCAAAAUCCUUUUUAGGCUUAACAGGUGUCCAGGGUACUGGCUUUACUGAACUGACUUAAUUCUCCAGUGCUCAGACAAUCAGACUGAAUUACUCCAGGGUUAAGGAACUGAACUGACACUACAUGAACGUCUUACAGACAGACUUAAUCGGCUUUCGAAUUAUAUUAAUGCAUUUUUAUGCAAUGAUUUGUCCUAUGCUACUGAUCUCUGAGAUAGGAGAGAAUGGAAAGGUUUUUAGUACACAUUCCAAUACACUGGAUUUCUUUGUUUUCUUUCACAAAAUGAAACUGCAGUUUCCAGGGCACAGACAAAGCCAGGACUUGAUUUAAAUUUAAAACAAAAUUAAGAGAUAGACAUGGAAACAAACGUAAUAUUAUAACCAAAACAUAGGACCUGUUUUUAUAGUUACAGAGAAAGCAUGAUUUUUGAAUGGGAAAGUAGUCAGACCUACAAUACCUUAUUUAUUAAAUUAUUAUUUGAUUUGAUUGAUGUUGUUUUUUUUUAAUAUAAUUUUAAGACACAAUGGUUGCAUCAGGUGCUCAUUGUGAACACAUCUGUGUAAUGCUAAUACUGCAUCCGCCAUAAGCUUUUUCCUCAGUCUCUUCAGCAUUCUGUAUUUUGCCUAUGAAUACUUUUCACAUUUAGUGUUUGGGGUGUGACUUUACUCCAACAGUGCACAAAUUAACCUUGAGAGUUCAUAUUUGCACUAGAAUUGUUUUGAUUGAGUUGCAUAAACCAUUAUCAUCAGUUCAGUACAAGUUAUGCUCAGUCGAUUGCAUUUGUGACAAUGUAGAUUACCACAAAAAAAUCAUUUUGACUCAUCCCUCCUUUGGGAGGAAAAUAGCAAAAUGAGGCACUUACAGUGGAAGUUAAUGGGGCCUAAUUGUUAACAGAGCUUAACUUUUAUUGAACCCAAAAUAUUACUUUUAAUCCUUACUGGAAGUGCUCAAGUCAUAAUUUCAUACAUUCAUCAGAAUUCACUCCAGUAAUUUAAUGCUGUUUUUAAUGUUUAAAUUGUUAACAUUUGGUUGGUGUCUGCCUAUAUACUGCAGAAUGCAGUUUAAUCCCCAUAUAUUAUAAACUAAGUAAGUGUUGAGGGGAAAAUGGAGCCAAAUAAUAUUAAAUUUUUUUUAUCUGUUUUGAGGUGGAUUUGUAAGUUUUUAUCACACUGCACACUACAUAAACCCAAAAGUCAUAGUUUGUGAAAGCACUUUAAAUUCUGUGACAUUAACUCCAUGAAACCUGAAGCUGGUUGGUAUGUGUGUGUUGGUCAGAUAUGUUGUGGAUCCACAUUGCUGUGUGUAUGUAAGCCAUUGUACUUUGUGCAGUACAGUGAAGAUAUUAUUUUGCCUUCAUGCAAUCAGUAUUAUCUCUUCAGCAUUUAUUUUCUUAUUGACUUGAUUGUUGACAUUUUGUAAGUUUGUGGGUGUACUGUAUUUGCACAUGCAAAUGUUGUGCCUAUGUUAUAUGUGAAUAAAUCUGCCCCAUUAUAUAAAGGGUAGUGAUGUGUUUGCUGUUUUUGCUCAGUACAUAAACCUACACUACAUUUUUUUUUUUUUAGGCUUUUGCCACUGG